AUGGAGUCUGGGAUUGAUCCUGGUCAAGAAUAUUAUGGACAAGACUAUUACAGCUAUGAACAUGGGUAUGUUAUCUUAAAUAUAUUUAUAUAUUAAAUAAUCUAAGCUUACUUUUAUGGGCAUUUCAUGGAAAUCUAUUUUCUUUUAGAUAUGAAUUGCCACAAUACGGAAGUCGGCGGCGAUUAUUGUCACCUUCUGGAAUGUAUGAAGACUACGGAGAAGUAGUUGUGGAGAAUGAUGGCAGUUACUAUUACAGUCCACAUGGACCUACGGCAGAAGGAGAUGUAAGUUUAAAGCAUAUGUUGGACUCUCAUAAUCAACACAAGAUUAGGGCUGCAUGCAAAAAAAAAAUACUUCAUAAAAAUGUAUUACACCAAUAAGUAUAAUAGCAGAGAUUUUUACGUUUUACAGUAUCUGAUAUUUUGGGUGUUGUCAGGUACCCCCAAACUAUUUAAUAAACACAUCAAAUUAGAAUUAUAUACCCAAUGUAAUUUCAGAAAAAAGCUAUUGUGAAAAUACUUUCACACGGUAUGUAAUUAUUCAGUAAGAUGUGCAUUUGAGCCCAAAUAUAUACUAAUAGAAGGAGUGCACUGUGCAGAGCAUAAAAAUGUAUAUACACUUGCCCUAAUUUAGGGUAAGUGAAUAUAAAUGUUUAUGCUCUGCACAGCGCCCCAGUCCCUCAAUUAGUAUAGAUUUGGGCUCAAACUCACAUCUUACUGAUUUAUUUUGUUCACUAUGGUAUAUAGUGGGAGUAAGAGGAACCCACUAGCGUGUGUAGCUACUUUUUUCAAAAAAACUAAUUUUGCAAGCGCAUUAUACACAGUAAUCACCUGUUUUAGUAUGUAAUUAUUCCUCUGGCAUGUCACAAGAGGUUUAAUGGUUAAUAGACUGCUGGCUAACAGGAAAUAAUUUCCAGACACAUAAGGUGUUCAAACCAUAGGCAGUUUUAUUGGGUCAAAAAGUGAUAGAGCAGCAAUGUUUCAACUUACCUUACUUAUCCAACUACUUUAUAAUAGAUUGCUGGGUGGCUUGAAUAGUGUGGUGUGGUGUGUUGUUCCAUUACUGGAGAAAACCAUUGACAUUGUAUUUACAUACAUACAAUUUGUGUAAUAGUGAAACACAGAAGUGAAAAUGUUCAUACGACACAGAGUUUGAUCUGCUUGUCUCUCUUCUAUACAUGUAGAAGGAGUCAUAUUUCUAAAUUGUUACAGUGUCACACAUGAAAGGUUCACAAGCCAUGCAAUAUAUUUUUAAAACAUUUCUAAUCCACUAAUCAAUGAGAGAGUUACAUUUUGGGAAACAACUAUUAGUGCACUAGUUGGUUAGGUAUGAUCAUUUAGUUAUAUAUUAAUGGACUCUAAACUGCACAUUAAAUAUAGGUCUGUUAAAGUUUUGUUCUAGCUUAAAUCUAGGACCUGUAAAAUGAAAAAAAAAAAAUUAUUUAACGUUACGGUCACAUUCAUUUUGUGCCAUUUAGAUUUUUAUUUUGCAAAAUAUAAAAGUAGAAAAAGAGAUUGUAGAUUAUAUAUAUAAAAAAAAUAGUCCCUUUUUAUUGCAAUUGUCACACACUGGUUUAAGUAGAGCAGAGAGUUUUUUGUGUGAAUUCAUUUUUAAUGUAACUCCAAUGUUAUUGCAAACUUAAGGAUGACAAGUGUAUGCAUCCAUGCAAAAGUAAUUGUGUAUUGCACUGAUAAGUAAUGCAAUAUUUACAAAAAUGUAUUUCCAUGAUUUCAGAUAAGAGCUCGUGGCAGAGGUGUUCCCAGGAGAGGUAGAGGACAGGGACCAGGUUUGCCAAUGGGCAGAGGAGUUCCAGGGAGACCUGGACCAUCCAGAGGUAGCAUACAGGGUGUAGGUAGAGCUAGUCAAGGAAGGAAAAAAUUGAGAGCAGUUAUGCAACUAAGUCGAGUAGCAGUCAGUGCUCAAAAGCCUUCUGAAGCUGGAGAUGUGGCGCACCGGUCACCAUGGAAAAAGGCAAGAAUUUUCCCAAUGUUACUUCAUAAGGUUAAAGGCACUGGAAAAGACUCUGCUUAUGCCAAACUUGUAUCUGCACGUCAAAUUGAAGGUGAUGAUAGCAUGGUUAUUAAAGGAAGUUAUUUCCAGAAAUCUGCUGAAAAAUCCACUGUAACAAGAAAGCUUGAUCGGGCUCUCAAACGUCUUAGUGUGACUAGAAGACUACAAGAACGGCGACAAUCACAGAGUUCUUCCACCAAAACAUCUGUGGUCGAAAGUGAAAAAGAUGAAGACUCUGAAGUAAGUGAAUCUGAGAUAGAAAGUAAAUCUGGAAUCUCAAUUAGUGUAACAGCAGAAAGUGAGUCAGAAGAAAGUGAAGGUUCAGAUGAAGACAUUGAGAGUGCAUCAAAACAGUCAGACGAGUCAUCUGUAAAGAGUAGUGUUCCUCCAUCUCAAGCAGAUGAUAAAGAUUAUCUGAAAGUAACAUUAGAUCAAGAUGAAGCAAAUGAAAGUACUGUAGACUCUGAUGAAGAAAGGGAUGAUAUAGAUGAAUCUGAUGAUGAAACUCAAUUAUCUUCUAAGUCGGUAGGAAGUAAAGAUGAAGAUUCAGCAGAGGAAGAUUCUGAAGAAGAGUCAAAAUCAGAAAUGGCUUAUUCAGAAAAAUCUAGCUUCCAAGAUGAAAUAACACCAUCUGAAGCUGAGGAGUCACAAUCAAGAACAUCUACAAAAAGUUCAGAGGUGAAAUCUGAAAGCAGCAAACCAGUUACUGAGAGUUCCAGUGUUCGAAGUGAUAAAAGUGAUGAAGUUAGUAGGGAACCAUCUGAAACAAGUGGAAAAAGUAGUUCAAAAUCAAGUUCUAGGUCAAAAAUAUCAUCACCAGAAAGUGAAAUGCAAAGUGCAAUAGAAGAAGAAUCAGAAGAGGAAUUACAUUCAGGUUCAGAUGAAGAUAUUGAAGAACAGGAGAGUGCAAGCAAAGCAAGUGAUGUUGCUAGUCAUGAGGACACAGAUGAAGACAACAGAAGUGAAUCAUCUGUGUCUCAAACCUCAGUUAAUAGUAAGAUAAGUCAAAGUAUAGCAAGUCGGGUAGCAGAUACCCAAAGUAAUACAGAAAGUAAUUAUCAAGAUGAAGAGGUUGAUGCCAUCAGUCAAGGAGAAUCUUCAGUCAGUAUGGAAAGUGGGAACACAGCAGCAAGUCAGGAGGACGAUUCUGUAUCACAGGCAUCUAUGCAUUCUGAAAUACAGAACUCCAGUGAAAAUAAAAGCCUUAGUAAAAAGUUAUCAUCUGACCAGUCUGAUUCUCCUGAUACUGGUCGUGGAUCCAGUUCAAAUUCUGAUGUAUCUGAUUCUGAAGCUGCUGGAAACUCAACAUCCUUUUGAAUAUGUACAGUAGGUUGAUAUGAAGUGUGGAGUGGCUUGGUUUGCAUUGCUGUGUGAUCCUUUCAAAUACAUUGUUUUAGACCUUUGCCUUUUCAGUUUUAAAGUUUUAAAACAGUGAUGGGGUACAUUCAUAUUCAUUAAUUUGCAGUUGUGUUCAUAGAUCUAUGCAAUCGAAUUAUAAAUAGCUACACAUUAUUUCCUAACUGUUUUAAUAUUAAAUUAAUGGAUAUGACUUUCUUUUGCAUAUGAACUGUAGGUUUCUAUGAUUUCAGGAGUGGCUAAUUUGCAGUGCUGUCUGUGUGACUCUCUGACUCAAAAUUUUAAGCAUUGUCCUUACCAUAUGAUAUAUAAAUUAAUAGAAGACUAGCAGUUCAGAAAACACACUCUUCUGCACUCAUUUGUAAUUCCUCAAGUCUCGGACUUGAAAAUUCAAAUCUAUAUGGCAGCAUGUUAUGUCUCAUGUUUAUUACCUACAGUUCUUUCAGAUCUUCACAGGUAUGUACCUAAUCUGUGCUUUAGAAAUGUACUAAAAUUUCCCAACAGAUUUCCUAAAAGGUUUGUUCAGAAGCUUGUGUCUACAUAUUUAUUUUUAUAUACUCUAUACUUAUAUACAUAGAAAUAAAAUACACUACUAUUUUGUGUUUAUCAAUGGAUUAAAGUUAUCAUGUGUCUGCUGAUUAUAGUCCAUCUUCUAUGUCUUUCAAACACCAUUUUUAUAAAUUGCUAAUAAAUAGUCUGGUUACCAAAUUAACACAGGGAAAAUGCCUGUUUGUAUGCCAAUAGUUUUGUUAAUGUCUGUUUUGUUAUCCAAAACAAAUUAACAAAGGUUGGAUGAAUUUAAAAUACUGUAUCUGUAAAUAAUAUUGAUAGCUCCCAAAAUUAAAUCUUGUCAUCACUUUACUGAUGUUUUGCUUCCAAGUCAUUUAUUUGAAGAAAACCCUGAAUGUAUUAAAUACAAUAACACAAAUUAAAACUCUUCUCACAUUUAGAGAAUGCCCUACUUACUUUACUUGUCACAACUUUGAAUUAUAGGAGAUCCUAAGCAGACAAACAUUACUCCUCGCAAAAAAAUAGAAUUUUUACCUCAAAGGAGAAAAAGUGUAGGUGGAUUGGCGCUCACUACUACAAAACAGCAACUAACCCCAGUGUCUAAAAAUCACUAAAAGACACUAACAAAUAGUGAAGUAACAAAGUAAUGUGGGGGGUGCAAAUCAGAAGAAAACAAGGUAAAUAUUUAUACUUAGUAGUUGUCAGUCUUGAAGUUAAUCUGAAAAAUAUAACAGUGUAUACAUAGCAUAAUACUGUAUGUGUACAGUUUUAAUUUAUGACAGAGGUAAUGGGUCACUCACGAUAUAUGGAGCCUAGAGUAGCAGGCUCUAGCUGUCAUCACUUUUGAAAAAUAAGCUUUUUCAAGCUGUACCCACGAUCUUCCUGUAUUGGCUGAUGUCCUUUCCCAGAUGUAUAAAGGAUGAAUGGCAAACCAGGAUAAAUGAAGUACAAAAAGUAUUUACUCAAAUAAAAAUGAACAACAGUAAAAGAACCGCGGUAAAAAUAUAUAACAUUACUUAUGUUAUAUAUUUUUACCACAGUUCUUUUACUGUUGUUCAUUUUUAUUUGAGUAAAUACUUUUGAGUAAAUACUUUUUUUACAUUAUUUAUGUUAUAUAUUUUUACCGCGGUUCUUUUACUGUUGUUCAUUUUUAUUUGAGUAAAUACUUUUUGUACUUCAUUUAUCCUGGUUUGCCAUUCAUCUUUUAUAUAUCUGGGAAAGGACAUCAGCCAAUACAGGAAGAUUGUGGGUACAGCUUGAAAAAGCUUAUUUUUCAAAAGUGAUGACAGCUACAGCCUGCUAUUCUAGGCUCUAUAUAUCGUGAGUGACCCAUUACCUCUGUCAUAUAUUAAAACUGUACACAUACAGUAUUAUGCUAUGUAUACACUGUUAUAUUUUUCAAAUUAACUUCAAGACUUACAACUAUGAAGUAUAAAUAUUUACCUUGUUUUCUUCUGAUUUGCCCCACCCUACAUUGCUUUAUUGUUAAAACAUUACUCCUUGCCAAAGCAUAGCCCACUUCUGACCAUACCUAAAUCUUUUCUAAACAUAUAUCAUUAAAUUAUAACUGUUGUACUUCUUUUAUAUGAUGUAGUCUAUGAAGCUCAAACAGUCUAAUUGUUCAUGCUCUGCUAUAAAGUCUUGUAACAAUCUCAAAAGGUAUAUUUGUUAGAGGGGUGUCAUAGAUAUCAUAUGAGAAGCCAGAUGACUUUUGGGGUUUAAAGGAUGGAAUAUAUAUAUAUAUAUAUCCACAUGCAAUAUGGAGUACUGAUUUCUUAUAUAUUUUUAAAAUAUCUUUUAAAAUAAUUUUUUAGAAAUAACAUACAUAUUUUGACUCUGUAAAGCUUUAACGACUGAUAUUUUAAAUCAGUAAUCUUGCUUUGAAUGCACCAGCAAAAUGUAUAGCUCUGUAGUAUAAUCACAGUCUAUGAAUAUAAAAUUCUCUGGGGCAUGAUGGUAUAGACAGUUAUUUAAAGUCAACUAUUCAAUCCUUACAUUUUACUAUUACUUUACUUAGUCACUAAACACAUUGCAACGGAGCCAAGUGCCUCUAUAAAAGAGCAUUCCAAGCACCAUAACACUACAACACAUUGUAGUUGUUAUGAAACCAGGGCUGCCCAGGCAGUGUGGCACUCUCACAGAGUAAGUAGUCAAGCUAUUAGAGAAUAACUUCUAUUAGCUCCCCUGAGCCAAGUCCAUCAGUGGAGGUUGAUCUCAUUGCUGAAGAGUGUUAGUUUAGUACUAUAAGCAUUGAGCUAAACCCUGCACUGCUGUGUUAGUUUAGUACAUAAAGCUUUUCUUUCUCAAUUUUCUCUCUUACCUUCUAACUUUCUACUUACCAAAUCAUUCCCUCCUCCCAAUAACAAUUCAGGUGUACUCCCUUUUACACGUAGACUGCAUAAAACUGGUGGAAACCAUGUUUGCCUUUAUCUCAGUCUAGGAAUACUAAGUUAAUAGGACGUGACUGUUCCUCUCCAGCCGACACUCAUCAAUAUUAGUUUUAAAGAUCCCUGAUGUCUAGAACAUAUCUGUGUAGAAUGGACUUAUUUACAUACAGGGAGUGCAGAAUUAUUAGGCAAGUUGUAUUUUUGAGGAUUAAUUUUAUUAUUGAACAACAACCAUGUUCUCAAUGAACCCAAAAAACUCAUUAAUAUCAAAGCUGAAUAUUUUUGGAAGUAGUUUUUAGUUUGUUUUUAGUUAUAGCUAUGUUAGGGGGAUAUCUGUGUGUGCAGGUGACUAUUACUGUGCAUAAUUAUUAGGCAACUUAACAAAAAACAAAUAUAUACCCAUUUCAAUUAUUUAUUAUUACCAGUGAAACCAAUAUAACAUAUCAACAUUCACAAAUAUACAUUUCUGACAUUCAAAAACAAAACAAAAACAAAUCAGUGACCAAUAUAGCCACCUUUCUUUGCAAGGACACUCAAAAGCCUGCCAUCCAUGGAUUCUGUCAGUGUUUUGAUCUGUUCACCAUCAACAUUGCGUGCAGCAGCAACCACAGCCUCCCAGACACUGUUCAGAGAGGUGUACUGUUUUCCCUCCUUGUAAAUCUCACAUUUGAUGAUGGUGUGACGAAGUGCCCUUCGCCACUUGGUCCUGGAGAGGCCUACUUGCCAGCCUCCUCCCCUGUGACUAUGACUCUUUCAUCUAUCUGGCUUUAAAGCCCCUAGUCUACCUUCAGACAGACUAUUUAUGUGGGCUGCUUUAUUUAUCCUAUGUUUUAGUCACCCUGUACCCAUUAUAGGUGCAGGGUGUGUGUAAUGUAAUUGUUUAUAGUGUGUGUGUGUGUACUGUGUAAUGUAUUGCCUGCUCUCUUGUAUUGCUGAGGUUUGCUACCAACUAGGUGGGUUUGGCUAUGGAGCUGGUCUAGUGCCCUCUGUUGGUAGCAACAGCAAUAUGCACUACCUGAAUUGCAAGACUGGUUCAUUUGCAUAUUCGGGUAGAUUUGCAUAUUGCUAAUUCUGCAGGCAGGUGAGAUAUUUACUGUUAAAUAUUGUCUCCCCCCACCCCUUUAAAAAUGUGCCAUUGUGUUGUGAUAAGUCACUGUGUGUUUCUUGAUAUGGUUUGACUGUUUGUGAUUUUAUUGAGGUUUCACAACAAUGUUAUUGUGGUGACUGUAUUGGCUGGUCCCAAGGGAAUAAAGGUUUUGACAGUUCUUCUUGAUCCCUCUAAACGUAGCCUUGUCUCGUUAUUGGAGGGAGCUGUUAUAAUCACACUGGGGAUUGCUAUGCUCUGCAUACUCCCCUGAGCUUUUAAUCACUUAGCUCUUUUAAGAGCUGUUCCUGUUACGCUCUCCUGGAGGAGAGGUCUUCCCCACACGGUCCUGGAGGACAGAAGCUGAUCCAGGGUGGAAGGAAGACGGCGAGACUCCAGUUAAGCUAUGGCGGUUGUGGAGUCUGCGGUGGUUGUGGUGUCGGCUGCAGUUUUUGGAGUCCUCAGGAAGCGCUAGGAGCAUCCAUCAACGGAGGGUACUCGGUCGGGGUACAGGGAGCUCCGUUACAGAUGGACCACAGGUUCUCAAUGGGGUUCAGAUCAGGUGAACAAGGAGGCCAUGUCAUUAGAUUUUCUUCUUUUAUACCCUUUCUUGCCAGCCACGCUGUGGAGUACUUGGACGCGUGUGAUGGAGCAUUGUCCUGCAUGAAAAUCAUGUUUUUCUUGAAGGAUGCAGACUUCUUCCUGUACCACUGCUUGAAGAAGGUGUCUUCCAGGAACUGGCAGUAGGACUGGGAGUUGAGCUUGACUCCAUCCUCAACCCGAAAAGGCCCCACAAGCUCAUCUUUGAUGAUACCAGCCCAAACCAGUACUCCACCUCCACCUUGCUGGCGUCUGAGUGGGACUGGAGCUCUCUGCCCUUUACCAAUCCAGCCACGGGCCCAUCCAUCUGGCCCAUCAAGACUCACUCUCAUUUCAUCAGUCCAUAAAACCUUAGAAAAAUCAGUCUUGAGAUAUUUCUUGGCCCAGUCUUGACGUUUCAGCUUGUGUGUCUUGUUCAGUGGUGGUCGUCUUUCAGCCUUUCUUACCUUGGCCAUGUCUCUGAGUAUUGCACACCUUGUGCUUUUGGGCACUCCAGUGAUGUUGCAGCUCUGAAAUAUGGCCAAACUGGUGGCAAGUGGCAUCGUGGCAGCUGCACGCUUGACUUUUCUCAGUUCAUGGGCAGUUAUUUUGCGCCUUGGUUUUUCCACACGCUUCUUGCGACCCUGUUGACUAUUUUGAAUGAAACGCUUGAUUGUUCGAUGAUCACGCUUCAGAAGCUUUGCAAUUUUAAGAGUGCUGCAUCCCUCUGCAAGAUAUCUCACUAUUUUUGACUUUUCUGAGCCUGUCAAGUCCUUCUUUUGACCCAUUUUGCCAAAGGAAAGGAAGUUGCCUAAUAAUUAUGCACACCUGAUAUAGGGUGUUGAUGUCAUUAGACCACACCCCUUCUCAUUACAGAGAUGCACAUCACCUAAUAUGCUUAAUUGGUAGUAGGCUUUCGAGCCUAUACAGCUUGGAGUAAGACAACAUGCAUAAAGAGGAUGAUGUGGUCAAAAUACUCAUUUGCCUAAUAAUUCUGCACUCCCUGUAUAUAUUUGUUUUGGUCUACAAUUGGAAGUAUCUUGGUGGCUUUAACACAAAUAAGAAUGCAAAAUGUAUUAGCGAAAACAACUGUACAAUUACUUAAUAAUUCAAAAAUAAAUUUACAUUUGUAAAUAUUUGUUUCUCCCAUUCACUAUAUAGAAAUGUGUACAGUGGACUAUCAACAGAAUAAAUUAAUUUAUUAAUAUGAUGUUAAUGUGAACCCAUCAUUAUAGGUUUACCUACUCUGAGAGAGUAAUCACAGGUACAGUGCAUGGGCUGUAGCUGCUGUGAUAGAGCAUGAGAACUACCUGUCGGAGGGUUCUCCUGCAAAAAGAGCAGGAGAACAACAUGUAGGAGGUUUCUCCUGCUUCUCUUUUGUCACUCAAUUCUUUGCACAAUUGGAAUGCAUAUUAUGAAAAAUAUAUGUUAAAGCACUGCAAAGUGACUGUAGCAUAUGUAAAAUUACUAUGCAUUAAUACAAAUGUACAUUGUAUGAAAGACAAAUCAUCAUCGGAAAUCAUGUCAUGUUCAUUUUUUUGUUAGCAUAAAAUGGGUCAGAAAACAUUGUUUAUGCUAAGGUUCAAAAUUACAGAAAAUAUGUAAAUAAGCAAUAAUAAUUGAUCACUUCUGAGUUUAUGAUUUCAUGUGCACUGUUAACAACUCAUCAACAAUGAAACCUUGUGCACGUGAAAAAAAUCAUGAUUAAAUAUCUAUUCAUUUUACUCCUAAUUUGAUCAUUUGAAUCACUUUCCUUUUUGGUUUUAUUUUUUUAUUUUAUGUGCAUGUAUUCAUUUUUUUUUCCAUGUGAUACAUUUUUCAGCCAUUUUAAUCAAUUACAGAAUAGCAUUCACGUUUAACUUUUUUUUCUACAUACAUUAUAUUGAGACCUGUGCCUUUUAUUUAUAAAAGACUAAAUCAUUGCUGGUUAUAUUACAUUAUGUAAAGCCCUGGCUGCAUUAUGUACCACAAACUUCCAGUUUGCAGUUACAUUGUAUUGGUUUUAAAUUAAUUUUAUUAAUGUCUAUUUUUGAGUUAAUUGCUUUUCUUCUAUCUUUACUAGAUAACUAACAAAAAGCGAAUUAAAUUGGUGGUAGACCGGGAAUAUGAAACAAGUUCUACCGGAGAAGAGAGUGUGUCUGAGUCCCAAAGGAACCGUUUCAACCUUCCCAACAUUCAAAACAACGUUAAUGGGAAUAUUUACAUAGCCCAAAAUGGGUCUGUGGUUAGAACCCGGCGCUCUUGCCUUACGAAUAAUUUAAAAAUAUCCCCACCAUCAAGGCUUGGGAAGCACUUUAAGAAACUUGACAAACUUGGAGUGACACAUGAAGAAAACAUCCAACUGAACACACUGUCAAAAGGGGCCUCUAUCAAAAUUAAUACAAUACCAUCGAGCAUAUCCUUGGCCUCCAAUAAUGCAGUAGGCAAAAACAUAGCAUCUACAUCAGGGGACAAUAAAUUAAGAAGCACAGAUGAUCAAGAGUCAACAGUGGAUAAUGAAGAUAUCAAAGAGCCAUUAGAAUUUCACAGUGACCAGACACAAUCAGAUGAAGAAGAACUAUGGAUGGGGCCGUGGAACAAUCUUCACAUACCAAUGACAAAACUAUAACUUUUUUAUACUAUAAGUUUGUAAUAGACUGCACUUUCUAUAAUCACAAUUGAAUGGAAAAAAACAUUUCUUGUACACAUAAAAUAAGAUUUCACAUAGUUAACACAAUGAAAUGUGCAUUCACUUUUUACAGAUUGAUCGCAAUCAAAUAUUUUGGCUAUUAAUUCGCUAUUACAGCCUUGAAAUAUAUAAUUUUGUUUAUUAACAUGUUUUAGCAACAUUAUUUGAUUUUCCCCAAAUUGCUGUAUGUCUUGUCUAACAUCUUGUACAUGUAGUGUUUAGUUUCUGUGAGGUUUAAAAAAAGCAGAAAAAAAAAAAAAGCAAAAAUCUUAAUAACAGACACCGAAAACAAUGUUCCAUUCAUUAUUUUUGGAAAAGGCAAAUAGUGACAGUGAUGUAGGAAGAAUGAUUCUAAACAAAAAAAAAUAAUUAAAAAAAUAAUCUCUAACUCCAAUUUAUGAAUACAAUUACAUGCCUAUGCUAUUCUGCAUGGAACAAAGAACUUCAGAUAAUUUUAAAGAUAGAUUAGAAUUUUUUUUUAUUUUAUUUCUCCAUUCUUUUACUUUUCUUUAAUACAAUGGAUUUUCUGCCUUAUUGAGUUUUUUGUAUGGAUAGUUAAACAAACAAUUAAUGAAUUCAGUAAAGCAAUCUCAUGACUAAUCAUGAUUAGAACUGAAUUUAAUAUAUUGCAGUUUUCGUGAACUACUGUCCACAAUACCAGAAAAUUAUUUAAGAUCUUGCAUCAAUGUAUAGCUUUGCAUCUCUGAAGUGUGAAGAUUUCAAAACCUUGCUAUUUUGUUUGGAGACAAAAUCUAGUAUUGGGCAGAACAUUCCACUCUAGUCUAUUUGCUGAGACACAGGAGAACAAAGAAAGAGAUAUAUAUUUAUUUUAUAAUAAAUCUUUAACAAUAAUAGAAAAUGUGAUUAUUCAUAUUUUAUGGUUGCUUUCAAAACAAUAUGUUCUAACAUUUUUUAUCUCAGGGAGUUUUUAUUUCAUAUCAUCGACUAUUUAAAAAAAAAAAAAUGAUAUUAAUAAUAAAAAAAUGCAUCACCAGACACUAAAUUCUUUAUGUAAGCAGGAAGCAAUGAUAUAAAGUGUAGAAGGCAAUAAUAUAAACAUCGCAAAGCUACCCAGCAUCUUCAGCCUAGCAAACCAUUUUUACAUUUUUUUUAUUUGUUUACAAAGAGCACUCAUUUAAAGUUAAUACAGCUAAUACAACAGUUCUCAAAUAAGUCUACUUAUAAGGAACAAUAGGUAUCCAAAAAUGUUAGACAUAUUUUGCUAGGUUUUAUUUAAAAAUAAUGAAGGCAGAAGUAACCAUGUAAAAACAAUAUCUUGAAAUAGUUUUAUGAUGAGUCUUAAUAAUGGAUAAUUAAUUUUUUUAAAAUGAUUUAAAGAGACACAGCUUAAUUAAUUGGUUAUAGUGCCUGGAUUCUCCUAACACUGCUCCUCCAUUCAUUGUUAAACCAUUGUAUAUAACACUAAAUGAUUACCACCACCACCACUGAACAUAUAUCUAAAGCAGAGAUUACACACUUCCUUUUAACCAUAUCAAUUGGCAAUGACGUGAUCUGUGAUAGGCUGAACGUAUUCGGUUAACACUUUCAGCCAAUCACUGCCACCCAUUGCUGCUCUCAUUUAGCAGUAAACCAUUAAAACAGGUGAAUUUUAAGAUGGCACCAGGGAACAAAAUUUACAGUGCCUACAGUGUCCCUUUAAAAUGGCAUGGUCACUUCUAUUUUGUGAUUGGAUUCAAUUCGUCAAGGUGACCUAACCACUUUCUUUGUGGUAUUUUAAGAUCCAUCUUUAACACCUGACAGAUGAGGUCUUAAUGGGCUGAGAGAGACACAUGUCAGUAGAAUAGUCAAGUGAGUCUCUCCAUAUCCUUUGCUUGUUUAUAGACAUAUCGCAGAUAUCAGUUCAACCGUGUGACAACUGGUGGGAAAUAGCAAGAUACAAUGAUAUAUAUUAUUCAGUUCAAAUAAUUUAUUUUCUGAAGUUUUUGUCUUUAUUAAAAACUGACAAAAAUUUAAAAAGUUUUACCACAUUGUUGGUUACAAACACUUUUAAACAAUAGGAUCACAAACACAAUUGUUAUAUUCAGAACAUACAUUGUAUUAAUAAUAUGAGAAAUUAGUUCAUUUUUACUUGUUUGGUACUUUAUACCAUAAUAAAUAUAUCCAACUCAUAAUUUAAAUGCAAAUUCAAAAAAAAUCAGGAUGUCUUAGAUGUGUUCACAACUAACAAAAUACUUACAAAUAAAAUCAACUGCAGAAUACAUGUACAUGAAAAAAUUAAAUAAAAAAAACUUAUAGAUGUAAAUAACUUAAAACAAUUUACAAUUUGGUUAUUAAUGUCUACUAUCCAUUUAAAGAUACCAUACAUAUCACAUAAAAAUAAAAAGUAUUUAACAACAUACCUAGCAUAAGUUAAUACAUUGCUAAAAUCUCAUUCAUACAACUGAGUUUAAGAAUUUGAAAACAAAAUAAUCAAACAUUUAAGAAAAAUAUGGUUUAAUUAAAAAGGGUAAGUGUGCUUAUGUAUCUCUAUCUACAAAAUAGUGAAAACAACAUAUAUAAAGGUCUAAAAAGCUUUCCUAUUAUUUAACAUGCUUGACAUAUCUCUUUGAAAGUUAGUGUUAUCAUUACUGCAAAUUAAAUGAACGCAUCAAACCACUAGCUUAUUUGGUUGCUCUUUGGAAGUUAGUGUUAUGAUUACUGCGAAAUUAAAUGAACGCAUCAAACCACUAGCUUAUUUGGUUGCUCUUUGGAAGUUAGUGUUAUGAUUACUGCGAAAUUAAAUAAACGCAUCAAACCACUAGCUUAUUUGGUUCCUUAGAUUCAACAUAGAGAUAUUCACAACAUCUUUUAAACAUUGUGCUGUUUGGCUAAUAUACUGAAUCUUGUAAUUUAACAUAAAUCUUACAUGAAUUUUUAUUUAUAAAAAAAAAAAAAAAAAACAUCUUUUGCCAAGUUGUAGACAAAAAAAGGAAAUUCAGAAUCAAAAUGGGCAGAACAUUUAAAUGUUCUAUUUAUGCUAAUAUGUGCUCACUUUUUUAAACUAUUUAUAUUUACUACAUAAACAAUUUUAAUUCUAAUCCCUAGAAACUAGGGAACAAUUUAUAAGAAAAAUUAUACUCCUUCCAGCCAGAAAUUUAACCUCAUGUUGAAGAACCCUAAAUUAUUUUGAGUCACAAUGUAAAAUGGAUAGAUGCUCGUUCACAAUGCUUUUUAUUAUUCCAUUUUGAUACUCUAUUUAUUACAAAUAAAGUGUUGCCAUGGGAUCAGGUAUCAGAUCCCCCCCGCGCGCACACACACACACACACACACACACACACACAGACUAACCAGUACACAAACACACACACACAGACACACACAGACACACAGACUGACCCCCACACACACACACUAACCCCCUCACCUACACACACACUCUGAUACCCCCAUACACACACACACUGACCCCCCCCAUACACACACUCACAGAGACUGAACCCUCCUUCCCCCACACACACAGACUGACACACACUCACAGAGACUGAACCCUCCUUCCCCCACACACACAGACUGACACACACACACACAGACUGAACCCCCCUCCCCCACACACACAGGCUGACCCAGACACAAACACACACACACACAGACUGACCCAUACACACACACACACACACACACACAGGCUGACCCAUACACACAAGUUGGUUUUGCCUUAGUCUCAUUUUAGCUUUUUCUAACAAGCUAUUUUCAGAACAUAUUUCGAACACUUAAUCACUCUUUUUUUUUUCUUCUUUGAUUUGCCCAUUUGAAUUGUACCAAUUAUGGUUUAACAUUUGAACUAGGAACAGUGCUGUUUGAAAUCAAUGUCAAUACUUUUUCAUCCUCUACUAUCUAACCAGGAAUACUAAUGAUAGCAAAUGUCAGAUUGCAGUAAUCGCUGAAAUACAGUAAGAAAGCAGAAACAUACUGCUAGUCUAAAUAAAGUUCAGAUCAUGUAUAUAGCAGUAACAAAAGUAAGGAGAAAGUGAUUUUUGUCUUUGAAUAUUCAAGACUGGUACCAUCAAACCAUAUUAAGGUUGGUGUAAGAUGGGUCAUACAUAGGUUCUUGAUAGUCUUUCAUAUUUGGAGAGAAAAGUCACCAAAUGUAAACCUACUGUGCUUAAAUUACACUAAUUACUACAGAAAAUACACUGAUUUAUAAAAUAUUCUUUAAAAAUUCACAAAUAAAUUAUAAAAGUUGCCUAUGGCCCUUCAGUGUGAUUUAUAGGUGAGUUCAUAUAUUUGUAUAAGCCUCUCUCAAGUGAUAAAAGCUGAUGUCAUAAAAUUUCAUUAAAUAUAUAUUGUCAAAUUUCUGCCAUUACUAUUUUUGAACAAAUAUAUCAAAUAAAAAAGUGCUAAAUAUUUUUUGAAUCCAUGAAUUGUUCUAUGUACAUGUUAAACUUAAAAGUGGGAGUUGGCAUCAUACAUUAUAUAUGUAUGUAUAGUGACCUAAAUUUAGGAGGGAUAAUUACUUUUCAUAAAAUGUAUAUUUCUAUUAUAAAUUUAACGCUAAAGCCAAUAUUGAUAUCAUUUUCAUAGCUGAACAACUUAAGUAUGCCUAUGACUUAAAUUGGAGUACAUACAUAACCUUAAAGUUAUCAUUACAUCCCCAUUAUUUUUUUUUUUUGGACAGCACGACAGGAAAAAUAUAUUAUUACUAUAAGAAUAAAAUAUUAAAUGAAUUAAGAAUAAAGUAUUGUGGUAUGAAAUAUUAAACCUUAUAAUUUGAAACUCGUAUUAGACUAAAAACAGACAUUAUUAUGUAAUGAUACUAUGCUUUACCCUAUUCUUUUGUUAUUAUUAAUCCAUUAAGGUAAAAAAGAGAGGACUAAUUUUGCAGUGAGUUUAAAGUUGUAUUAAAGAUUUACUCAGUGAUUUUAAGUGUCAUGGUGCUGGAAGUAUGUUUGUGCAGCAUUUUGAAGCAAAGAACAAAAGUCCUGGGUGCACUAUUGCCAAUACUAUGCAUAUUUCUAUUCAUAGAGCUUUAGUCAUUGGCUGAAAGCACCCACCUGAUUGUAAGCUCUUUUGAGAAAGGUCCUCAUCAAUCUAUUGUUUCUGUAACAUUUUGUAUCAUUAAAUUUCCCCUUUAUAAUACUGUAAAGUCCUGCAGAAUAUAUUGGCACUAUAUAAAUGAUGAUGAUAAUAUUAAAUGAGCAGUUGGAUCAGCAUCUGAAGCUUUGCAAAAGCUGGAUGUUGUAAACCCUGCUUCAUAGCUGACUCUGCACAGAAUGAGGACCAGGUCAGAGGGCAAACCAUUGAUGACUGGCUUUCCCCAUUACUAAGGAGUGGUACCAGGAUAGUAGUUUGCUGUAGUGGUUAUGAUGCUUGGAAUACAAAAAUGGCAUUCUAGUUUACAUAAAACAUUCUAUUUUACAUGUAGAAGAAUAGAUAAUGAUAGUAAACAUCAAAUAGUUAUAGAACUCAUGGAUCUUUAGAACAGACAGUAAUAUUGGUUAAACACUCACGGGCCUGAAUUGAAACUGGUUGACAUAAUUUGUAUGCCUAGUUCUGGAAAACAAUCAAGUCUAUGGUGCAGAAAAUGUAUUUAAACAUGUUUAAAAAUAUCUCUAUUCUGCAUCUGUAUUCUGCAGUUGAUUUUAUUUGUAAGUAUUUUGUUAGUUGUGAACACAUCUAAGACAUCCUGAUUUUUUUUGAAUUUGCAUUUAAAUUAUGAGUUGGAUAUAUUUAUUAUGGUAUAAAGUACCAAACAAGUAAAAAUGAACUAAUUUCUCAUAUUAUUAAUAUAGUUAAAAAUGUAUCCAUUUUCUUUAAUGGAUAAUGCUAAUAAAGUUAGUCAAUCUAACUAACUUUACUCAGGUAUCCUAAACCAAAACAUCAUCCAGAUAUAUUGAGGUGCUAAAGGGUACUCACUCUUCUUAUCCUCUCAUCCAUGUUAUCUGAGAGAGGAGUGUUUAUUAAAUAAACAUCCUCACUCUCUCUUUGGACAAUGUGCUAGAUUUGGGGCAACCAUGAUGGAAAUCAUUUCUAUAUCCCUGGAUAAUAAUCCAGGUUUGGCACAUGCAGUAGAAUUUCUCCAGUUCUACUUUAUUAAUUAAUAGAGACAAUAGCAGUCACUGUAAUGUAUAUUUAAUAACACUUUAAAAUGAUUUGGUUUUAUUUGGUAUUACAAAGUGAUGGGAUUUUUAAAAAAACAUCACUUCUUAAAUACAAAAUAAGUGACAAAACUAUUAAUAAUAAUAAAAAUAAAACAUGAAUGCAUUUUCAAAACAUAUUCCAAAAAAUACAUAUGAAAUGUUUAACCAGUAACUACAGAGGAAAGAAUUGUAAUUGUGCAAAUUAAAAAUGGGAAAACAAUGCAAUAUACAUCCAUUAAAGCAAAUUCAAUUGCAUCAUUUAAAAAUUUUGAUUGCUGGCAAAAGGGCCAAAUAGUUAAUUUGUGUAUUAAGAAAAUAAAAGAUAGAAAAGGUGUGGCCAGUGUUGCUUCCUGAUCAUAUGAAAUAGAACAAUUAGUCAUUAUAUGACACUGGGAUGGAGUUGUUAUAAUUUCACAAAGAGAGCCUUCAAUAAAGCAGUAUCUAGUGUAGAAGUAAUUAACCCUUUGGAGAAGGGUCAAGGGACAUUGAAUGGGAGUGAGAGGGGAAUUGAGUUAGGAAAUGAGGGAAGCAAAUCAUGGAAUGAGUGAGGUGAAAUGAUGGAGAGACGUGGAAUAAGGUGGAACGAUACAUUAAGAGAAUAGAUAGAUGAUGAAGGGAGAACGAUUGAUGUGUAAGUUUCAUUGGUGAGCUCUGUUGUAUACAUAUAUAUAUCCCAUAUUUUCCAUAGUAACAUAUCUUCAUUACAAGUUACAUGGAUUCACAGCAAUACGAUUCACAAAAAUGUAGGGUGUGUGCAAGCAUAUCAGAAAGCAACAGAAGAUAAAUAUAUUCUAAUGCAAAUUUUAUGUGAAUGAGUGUUUUUCUUUCUUUUUUUUUUUUACAAUUUCCUACAACACACCUAUUCAGUACACAAUGCUAUGGAAUUUAUUGCUGUGGAACUACAUACACCUUAAUUAAUUGUACUAUAGGCUUAAAACACCCUGAAAAACUACUAAUAGUAGUAUUUAUACCAGUUGUAUAGAAACUUUUUUUAUUAUUUCCCUCGAUUGCACUGCCCGGUAGUGAAACUAAUGAACAUAGGGCCCUGGUGCAAGAUUUUUAGGAAACCCCCUACCAGAAAAGCUCCAAUUCCUCACAAAAUGUCCCCACUUGCCACUGCCAAAUAACCAUCUUUAUAGUCACAAGACCCUACAUCUCAAUGCCAGUUCACUCUCUCCUUCCCCAAUUUAGACUGCUACAUGUCCCUGACAAUUGACCCUUUCCCUGCCCCAAGCUACAUUUUGCCACAUUUGCCUGCCUAUGAAUACUCUCUAUUCCCAAAUUACCAAGAUUGGGCCCCUAAACUUUGCUAGGCUACUGCUGCACAUGAAGUAGUUUUGCCUCUGUCACUGCCAAAAUCUGGCUCGGUACCUUCUGAAGUUAUGUUCUGGAUUUACCCUUGAUAGCACCACAAUAAAAGGAUAUAUGUAUUGUCUGAGCCAAUAUCAUGAAUAUAAGGUUUGCAUAUAGUAUAACAUAGACCAUGUAUAGUAUAGACCAUGCAGGUCUAUCCCUGCAAAUAUAUGAUAAAAAAAAAUGGAACCAAGUAUCUAAUACAAUUAUAUAAUAUAGAAAUAUUGAAUGCCUUACUGUGGUUCCCUUUACCCAUUUCCAUGCAUCUAGUCAAAAUUAUACACCAUUUCUCGAUUAGGAAAUAUUCACAUACUGCUUUCAAAACAUACUGUAUUAAUUCCACAUUAAAUAUUUGGGAGUAACACAAAUAAGGGUAUGCAACAGUACAAAGUAAGAGGGUUAUUUUUAGAUUAAGUGCCUAUUUCACUUUUGGUGAGGUAUAUUGUUUGAACUAGCCAGCACUGCUAAUCCAUGUACAAAUACAACAUUCAAACUAGUAUUUAUUGCAACCCAGCAAUGAUCACUUUUAUUAUUGUGUGAUACAUAGUACAUAUACUGACUUUCAAUUCGUCUGCUCGAUUUUAGCCUCCACUUCCUCUAAAAUAAAAUGUUUUUUUUAAAAAAUAAAAAAAUAAUCCGGAUAGCUAAAUUUCAGCCAUAUAUGUAUUCAGCUCAUCAGGAGUUUGAGAAUGAAAAACAAUUCAGGUAACAAAUCACAAAUAGCAAACGGGUGGAAAAAUGGGCUACUCAGAAUACUGAAAAAUAUAUACAUAAUAUAAAUAUUACUUAUAUAUUUUUCCCCCCAUCUAGUUUACUGAUCAAGUAUGAAAAAGUAACCAAAUAAGAAAAAAGGAGGAGCCGUAAAAAUAUAUUAUCUAUUUUUACAUAUAAUAUUUUUAUCAAAUAUAUAAAAUGUAUAGAGUUUUUUCCUCCUUAUUUUCCCUCUAUUGCUCACUUCUCACUUAAUAUGUAAAAAAAACAAAAAAAACACAACAUUUAGUAAAUGUCCCCUAGUUAUUGAUUAUCUUUUUUCCCCAUCAAUCAUUUUUUUAUUUUUUUAAAGCAGGCGGAAUUCUAAAUCAUUAAUUAAAACUAUAACAUCAUUCUUGUUCAUUAUGCAUUACAUUUAAUUCAUGAUUUGGCUCAGAGUUCGGGAAUUUGGAUGAUCAACCGAUCAACUAAAAUUCGGAUAAAUUACAGUUCAGAACAAAUACAAGUCUAAUAUCAACCAAACAAAUAAAAGUCCUGUGAAUGCAUAGAUAAAUUAGUUAAGUCUAUCUUUGCUAUUUAUACUAAGAAUAUAUAAAUCACUGGAAACCUAAACAGAACUAAAUAUUGCAAUAUAUUAUAAAGAUUUGUUUUUAAUAUCCCAAUGCAUGGUGUGAGAUUAGAAAGAGUUACACUGAUGAAAAGCAGCUACCACCAUUAAUAAUUGGCCUUCCCUUAAUGAUAUGUCAGGGGAAGUACUGGAGGAGGCAAUCACACGGUCUUCAUCUCAACUCUUUUAACAUACCACCAAUGGUAGAGAGGCUGUCAUGUUGACUGCAAUGUCUAUGUUGUUGCUAUAAAAUAAAAUUAAACCUAUCCAUACCACUAACUUUUAAAACAUACUGCAACAUAUAUAAAAAGAUAAAUUAUUUGUUAGGGGAAAAUAAUGCUAUAUGGGAUUUGUGAAAAUCCAAAACACAUUUUUAUGUUUCAUAUUUUACGGUGACCAUUCAAUGGUAAUAUAAUAUCACAUACAUUUAGGGGCUCAAACAUUGAAUAUAUUUUUGUGAUCUAACCAGAUAAAAGUUUGCCUAUUUUAUAUAGAAGACCUGUUCGAGUUCUUAAAAUGUAUAUACACACACACACACACAACACACUAUUACUAAACAUUAAUCCCUAAAUUACAUGAAAACUAACAAUUAUUAAAAUAUUUUAAGAUAAGGUGUGCAAAUAGUGUGUUUGUAUGUCUGGGUGUAUGUGUCUGACUUAAAAAUCGAAUUAUAUUAUGAUAUUAUCAUUCUAAUAUUAUAAUAUCAUUAUGACAACAUUAUCAGAAGCACACACACACACACACACAACACACUAUCACUAAACAUUAAUCCCUAAAUUACAUGAAAACUAACAAUUAUUAAGAUAUUUUAAGAUAAGGUGUGCAAAUAGUGUGUAGGCCUGGGUGUAUGUGUCUGACUUAAAAAUUGAAUUAUAUUAUAAUAUUAUCAUUCUAAUAUUAUAAUAUCAUUAUGACAACAUUAUCAGAAGCUACAUGCACAAGAGGGCUGUUUUUAAUAGCGUUCAUAAUAACAAAAUUGGUCACAGCUGUUUUCCAAGCGCUGUAAAUAUGCAGCUUUAGGACGAGGGGCUAUCCUUGUAGAUAUUGGUCCAAAAUGUUGCAGUGACUAUUUUGUGUUGCAUACAAAGGGGAAACUAUAUAUUUUGGAAAAAGAUCCAAAAAUGCACUAUUUCCUUUCUCCUUGGACAUGCAUUAUAUGGCUCAACAGAGUGCCCCAUGGGCAUUUGAAAGCAGCCUUUCUAUAACUUUGUGUAUAGGAUUCAUGACAUACAAACACACAAUACAAUAAACAUUCAAAUCAAUUAUUAUGAGUGUUAUCCUUGUCUUUAUCUACAGUAGAAGGACAUAUAAAUCCAUAAGAUCUAAUUGCACAGCAUGGAAGACCAUCUGAGAUUGCAAACCACAACUUUGUUUUUGUGAAUGGAUAUUUUACAACAGUCCAUAAACUAAAAAAAAUAUAUAAGGUUGACAUUAUUAAAAUUUUCAUUAGGUGUUAUAAUAUUUUGCAAGGGAUGAUGUGAAAAUUAUGUCAGAUUUAGAUUUUUGUAAGAAGGGAUUGAACUAUCAACUGAGUUUGAAGUACGGAAAGCAAAGUUGCAAUGUCUCCCAGGAUCAUAUUUAAUAUCGAUAUUAAGGCUGCCUCUUCAAGGGUUUAAUAAGCAUAUAAGCUUAAACAGAUCAAACAUAAAAAUAUGUUGAGGCAUAUGAAUCAUGCAGAUGUAAAUGAAUCAUGAAAUUUUUAUGAACUACAUAUGCGUAGAGAAAAUUGGCCAAGGACACAAGUUCUACAAAGUCUGCAUUUUUUCUCUGUAGCACUAAAAUG